CACACUCACCGCUGACGCUCUUUACUCAAACUCUUUGGUUGUUUACAGAUUUUCUCCUUUAGCUUCGGCCAGAUUUUCUCUUAGAGCUAAACCCUUUAAAAUCUUAUCUUCAACAUGGGAUGUGAUGGUGGAACCAUACCGAAAAGACACGAACUUGUCAAAGGACCGAAGAAAGUGGAGAAGGUUGAUAAAAAUGCCGAGUUAGCUGCCAAAUGGAAAUAUUGUGCACUGAGUCAAGAGAAAUUAAAACGACCCAUUGUUGCCUGUGAACUGGGCAGACUGUAUAAUAAAGAUGCCAUCAUUGAAUAUCUGCUGGACAAAUCUGCAGAGAGACCAAACACUGAGGUUGUGGCUCACAUCCGUAGCAUCAAGGAUGUGAAGGAGCUGAAUCUGACCGAUAAUCCAGCAUGGGAAGGUGAAAGUCACAACAUUAAGGGUGAUUGUUAUGAAGACAUGCACUGCGCCAUGUUCAUCUGUCCUGUCGUUGGUCUGGAGAUGAAUGGAAAGCACAAGUUUUGUUACUUGCAGACGUGUGGAUGUGUUUUCUCCGAACGAGCGCUCAAAGAGGUUAAGACAGAGAUCUGCCACAAGUGUGGUGAUCCUUUCCAAGAAGACGACAUUGUGGUGUUGAAUGGAUCUAAGGAGGAAGUGGAGAAGCUGCAGAAAGCUUUGGAUGAGCGCAGAUUAAAAGCCAAAUCAGCCAAGAAAUCAAAGAAAAGUAAAGACGCAAAAUCCUCCAAGACCGAUGAUUCAACAGCAAACUUACUGAAAAACCCAGAGACCAAACCUGCAUCCAACGCAGCGAGCACAAAUGGAAACCACAGUGAUGCAGCAGGGCCCUCGACCUCGGGUGAAAGUUCAAAGGCAGUAAAGACCCUGACUGGACCUGCCACGGGUAGCAAGAGGUCAAUUCAGGACAUGAAGGAUAAAUCUGAGACCUACAAAUCCCUCUUCACUUCUCACAGCUCUGCCAAACGUACCAAAGACCAGAUAUCUAACUGGGUCACCCACACUCCAUACCACUUUUAAGUACACCCUUCAGAGAAGAGCUCACUUUAUAUAACAGUGACAGCGCUCUCUAGUGGUCAUGCUGUGAAUGAGCAAUUAAUUGCACCACACAACAUAAUUGAUAGAGGCAGUGUUGCUUCAUUUUAUUUUAGAACUUGUUUCUUUUUUGCAUUGCAUUUUCAGCUUAAUUUUUUUUCCCCACAUCUGGAUAGCAUAUAACUGAUAGUUUAAUCAAUUAUAUGCUUGCUAAUCUGGUUUAAUAGUUGUUACAAAACUGGGUAAGGUAAAUGUUUUUGUCAUUAUUUUAAAUAACUAUUGUACUCUCAUGGUAAAGUGCUUGCAGUGUCUUGUUUUUAAACAUCUGUUGAUGCUUUAUUUCAGGUUUAGACAUAGUCUUGCAGUUUAUGGCCACACCUGAUCUGUAACUAUUUCUGUGUACUUGUAGUAAAAAUGCUUCCUUCAUAUCUUUGACCACAUGGUGGCAGUAGAGCUCCACAGUUCACCACUGAAACACGACUCAAACUUUUGUAGUUAUUUCUUUACUUUUUGCUUUUCGUCCAAUGUUAUGGUGUAGCAUUGACAGUUUGAGAAAUAAACAUCUACAUCUUCA